AUGCCUCCCAAGACCCGUGCCCCCCAGGAGAACAUCUCCCUGGGCCCUUCCGUCCGUGAGGGCGAGCUCGUCUUCGGCGUUGCCCGUAUCUUCGCCUCGUUUAACGACACCUUCGUCCACGUCACCGAUCUCUCCGGCCGCGAGACCAUCACCCGUGUCACUGGUGGCAUGAAGGUCAAGGCUGACCGUGACGAGUCCUCCCCUUACGCUGCCAUGCUUGCUGCCCAGGACGUCGCCGCCCGUUGCAAGGAGGUUGGCGUUAACGCUCUCCACAUCAAGAUCCGUGCCACUGGUGGUAAUGGUACCAAGACCCCCGGCCCUGGUGCCCAGUCCGCUCUCCGUGCCCUGGCCCGUGCCGGCAUGAAGAUUGGCCGCAUCGAGGACGUCACCCCUACGCCCUCUGACUCUACCCGCCGCAAGGGUGGUCGCCGUGGUCGUCGUCUCUAA